AUGUCCAAAUGGUUUGAGUGGAGAAUUGAUUUUGAGGGUCAAAAGCAUUGUGAAUUCAUAUCCCAAAUUGUCGUUGUUUUAUUUGCGGUAAUUGGAUUUGUUUAUGGGUUCCAUAAUCAGGAUCUACUAGCGACCAUGGAAAUAUAUUUAGGUGGAAUUAUUAUUACUUCUAUACUCACUUUACCACCCUGGCCAUUUUAUAACAAACAUCCAGUUCAAUGGCUUCCUGAAAUUUCAGACAAAGAAUUUGAAAAAGAU